AGAAAAUACUCCAAAUAAUUAUAAUUUCUUAGAGGCAAAGAAAAACAAAAGGAGGGAAAAAAGAAAAAAGAAAAAAAGUUUUAAUUUUUUCAAGAAUCUGUGUGUAUAUAAGGAAAAAAGAAAGUCCCAUUUGAGUGAACUGUCCAACAAGUGGAGGAAUUUUGCUGUUUGAGGAAGUUGUUUUUUUUGUGAAGGUGAAGAAGAAAAUGGCAUUGGGGAAUGAUUGUGAUAAUUUGGGGUUAGGCAUUGUGAGGAGUACCUCAUUUGGGCGAAAAAGAGUCACUUUAUCAAACACUGGUGACGUCAAUUUCGUUUCAACGACACCAACGAAGAGAAUCUGCAGCCAGAACUCGUUGUCUACAAACGACAAAUCUGACCUUGAGACGUUGCCUAAGGAUCUCUUGAUAAAAAUAGUAUGUCGAGCUGAUCACGAUGAUUUGAAGAGUUUGUUUCAUGUAUCAAGGACACUUAGGGAAGCGUCCUUGAUUGCAAAAGGGUGGCAUUUCGACUUUAGCACUCCAAGAAAGACACUUCCUUUUCGAGAUGCUCUUGAUGUGGAAGAGUUAGGUGAUUUCGAUGAGGAAGAAAAAGCGCCAAAUGCUCCAAUGCAGUCGAAAAUUGCAAGGUCUCGGUUUAACAGCAAGAAGCUGGCUGACAUCUCUGUAGCCUUGUUUACCGACAGUUAGGCCAAGGAAAUUGAGGUAUAUAUAAAACUCAAAACAGAUUAUGUAUAGGUAUUGUUAUAGGAGAAACUCAGAAAGGAUAUCGUAGACGAACGAAGGGCUUGAUCGAAUGCCCUUGAAGAA